ACAAGUGAACCCUUACCCAAACACUCUUUGUAUAUUGAUAUGUAAAUUAGUACAUAAGGAAUUCUAACAGAGUUGCAAAACUGGUAUUUCUUCACAGACAGUUCUUCUCAGAAAUCAAGGAAAGCAAAAGAUUCUUCUGGAAACAUUUCCAUCUGACUUGUUGGCCACAUCGUCACCAUAAUGAGCAGCACAACUCCUCAGUAUUGGCUGGAGUACACCUUUACUGCAUCUGAGCAGGGCCCGGGUCUUAAUGACCUGGUCCGAGGCACGGCCGAUGCUCUGACCAAGGCCACAUCAACAGUGGACAAUGGAAAAGUUCUGUUCCUCUUCAAGGUAUUGGCAGAACCUAAACUUAUCGCAGUUGUCCAAGCCAACGAUGCUGCUGAGCUUGAUGCUGCCCUGACAGCCAACCCAGCCCCUUGUUUCGGCCAGUUGGUGCAGGUUCAGUGCCUUCCACUCCGCCCUUAUGAGGCAUUCGCUAAGGAGGUUCUUGGUGUUGAGACUUCAUUUCAACAAACUGAGGAGUGGGCCUCACCACCAGGCCAGUUCUACUGCGUAACGGUUGACGUAGAGUACACUGGCAUGACGCAGGAAGAGCUGUACCAGAUAUGGAAACAAGAGGCCAUGGCUGCACUCGGUGUGAUGGAACAAGGGGGCGCCAAGCUCUGGAAGGUUGUGACAGAGAGGAAGGUGCUGCUCUUGCUGAAGAUGCCCACUCCAGACGUGCUUGACAACACAUUCAUGAUGGGGCUGCCGCUCUUCAAGCAGAUGGGAAACCAGACCCACACAGCCUGCAAACCCAUUGUACCAUUCAAGUAGAGAAGAUACCGCUUGCCGUCACAAUGUCUCAACUAAAACGCUUGAUUUUCAUGCAAAGUAAAUCACUAUUGUUGGACUUGUUGGUUGUGGGAAAGGAAAUUAUAUCAUCAGUAAUAUCAAAAUGUGAGUUAGGAGACCUUACUCCUCCAAGGCCUUGAGAUAUUCUGACA